UAAAAAAAAGCCCUUUUAAUAGUCCAUAGAGCCCGAGGCCUUACAUCAAAAAGUCCAAGUCGCCCAAAUCUUGGAAUCUUGGGAUCGAAGCAGCAGUAGCAGCUUCGGAUCGAUCGCCAAUGGCGAGAAAUCUCUGCGACAUUCGCCUCCUCCUCGUCGCCGCCGCUGCCGCCUUCAUCUUCAUCCAGAUACGUCUUUUCUCCACACAAUCUGAGUAUGCAGAUCGCAUGGCAGCUGCUGUGAGUGAGACAGUCUUUCCUCGUAUUGAAUGUGUUGAAUCUGAAAGUCGAUGUACGAGUCAAAUGCGGUUGUUGAUAGACCAAAUAAGCAUGCAGCAAGAAAAAAUUGUUUCUUUGGAAGAAGCGAAUAAACUUCAAGAUGAAGAGCGUGCACAGUUGAAGAAUCUAGUUCGAGAUCUUGAAAGAAAAGGUCUGCAGAGCAUAGUUAGUAAAGAAAAGGAGCCUGUUGCAGCUGUUGUGAUAAUGGCUUGCAAUCGUCCUGACUAUUUGCAGAGGACCAUUGAGUCUAUACUGAAGUAUCAGAGUGCAGUUGCAUCAAAAUUUCCACUUUUUGUCUCCCAGGAUGGGACAAAUCCUGAUGUUAAAUCCAAAGCCUUAAGUUAUAGUCAGCUAACUUAUAUGCAGCACCUGGACUUUGAACCAGUGCAGACAGAAAGGCCUGGAGAAUUAAUUGCAUACUACAAAAUUGCAAGGCAUUACAAGUGGGCCUUGGAUGAACUAUUUAUUAAGAAUAAUUUUGGUCGAGUCAUCAUAUUGGAAGAUGACAUGGAGAUUGCCCCAGAUUUUUUUGAUUAUUUUGAGGCUACAGCUACUUUACUCGACAAAGAUAAGACAAUAAUGGCUGUUUCGUCCUGGAAUGAUAAUGGACAAGUGCAGUUUGUUCAUGAUCCCCGAGCUCUUUAUCGGUCUGAUUUCUUUCCCGGACUGGGGUGGAUGUUGUCUAAAUCCAUAUGGGAUGAGUUAUCACCAAAGUGGCCCAAAGCUUAUUGGGAUGAUUGGGUGAGAUUGAAGGAGGUGCACAAAGAUCGACAAUUUAUCCGCCCAGAAAUUUGCAGAACAUAUAAUUUUGGCGAGCAUGGUUCUAGCAUGGGUCAGUUCUUUAAGCAAUACCUGGAGCCUAUUAAACUAAAUGAUGUUCAUGUUGACUGGAAGUCGAUGGACUUGGCCUACCUGAUGGAGGAUAAAUACUUGAGUUACUUUGCAAAAAUUGUGUCUGAUGCCAAACCUGCCUACGGAGCUGAUGCCGUUUUAAAAGCAUUCAAUAUAGACGGUGAUGUCAGGAUUCAGUACAAUGAUCAGGCAGACUUUGAAAGAAUUGCACGACAGUUUGGAGUAUUUGAAGAAUGGAAGGAUGGCAUUCCAAGAACAGCAUAUAAAGGCGUUGUGGUCUUUCGACAUCAAACACACAGGCGGAUAUUUCUUUUGGGCCCAGAUUCUCCUAGGCUACUCGGCAUAGAGCAUGUCUAAAGUUUUUUUUUUUUUUUUUUUUUGACAGACAAGUAACCGAUCAAUCUAUAAUCUAUAUAAGACCAUGAUUUGGGCUUGAAAUAUCAAAGGUAUAUACACGGCACAACCUUCUUUGCAAUGGAUUAUUUCAGUAGGGAUUUGUCCUGGGAGAAAGUACAGUCGCUAUCAGAAAGCAAAUGACCAACUUCAUGUCAGAUAACUGUGGACAGAAUUUUGAACAAUGAACUACUGUUUUCAAAGCCAGAAAUGUAAUGUAGGAGAAAACUGAGCGAAUUACGAUUUUUGUAGAUUCAUCAAAUUUGUCACGCUUUUUAACUCUCAAGUGCCUGCUAUGAUCCAUACAUGAAAGUGGUAAAAGAUAUGAUAUCAGUUCUCUUGUCAA